AUGAUAGCACCUCCUCAGAGUCAGAACGAACUUCAUCUCCUUGCCUCAUCGGCUAUCGUCCGCGAACUCAUCGCUCUGCACACUGCCGCUUCUUCCUCCUCUCACGAAGGUAAAGAACCCAAUCUCGGUCUUCUUCGCAACAGGUAUGCUAAGAAGUACGGUCUCAGCGUCGUUCCCAGGUUGACAGAUAUCCUCGCUGCUGUACCUGACGAAUGGAAAGAUAGGCUCAGAGGCUGGCUCAAGGCGAGACCCGUCAGGACGGCCAGUGGCGUGGCGGUGGUAGCUGUCAUGUGUAAACCUCAUCGAUGUCCGCAUGUGGCUAUGACUGGGAACAUUUGCGUGUACUGCCCAGGAGGCCCAGAUUCGGACUUUGAAUACUCGACGCAAUCGUACACAGGAUACGAGCCCACGUCGAUGAGAGCUAUCCGGGCCAGAUAUGAUCCAUACGAGCAGACCAAAGGACGUGUUGAACAACUUAAGGGUUUGGGACACAGUGUGGAUAAAGUUGAGAUUAUUCUUAUGGGAGGUACUUUCAUGUCAAUGCCGGAAGACUAUCGACACAAGUUUAUAGCUGGGCUGCAUAAUGCACUGAGUGGGCAUACGGGAGAUGAUGUGGAUGAGGCUGUCAAGUUUUCAGAGCAGAGCAGAAUCAAAUGUGUCGGCAUUACCAUUGAAACUCGUCCCGAUUACUGCCUCAAGCCCCAUUUGAGUCAAAUGUUGCGAUACGGCUGUACGCGACUCGAAAUCGGCGUUCAAUCAGUCUACGAAGACGUAGCUAGAGACACCAACCGAGGUCAUACCGUCCGAGCCGUCUCUGAAUCUUUUCACAUGGCCAAAGAUGCCGGAUACAAGAUCGUGGCACAUAUGAUGCCGGAUUUACCGAAUUGUGGGACUGAAAGGGAUAUAUGCAAUUUCAGAAAUUAUCCUCCCAACGCCCUCGUCGACAUCGUCGCACGCAUCAUGGCCCUAGUCCCUCCUUGGACCACAGUGUAUCGGGUUCAACGUGAUAUCCCUAUGCCUCUCGUUUCCUCCGGCGUGGAAAAUGGUAACCUCCGGGAGUUGGCUUUGGCACGGAUGAAAGAUUUUGGUGCGGAAUGUCGAGAUGUCCGCUAUCGCGAGGUUGGGUUGCACGAAAUACAUAAUCGUGUCAGACCCCAAGACCUGGAAUUGUUGAGAAGAGAUUACGCCGCUAAUGGCGGAUGGGAAACUUUCCUAUCGUAUGAAGAUCCAGAGCAGGAUAUCUUGGUGGGAUUGUUAAGAUUGAGAAAAUGUUCGGAAGAUGGAACGUUCAGAAAGGAAUUGGUAGGUAUGGAAGGUGGGUGUAGUUUGGUUAGAGAGCUGCACGUAUACGGUACAGCAGCACCUGUUCAUUCCCGUGACCCAAAGAAAUUUCAACAUCAAGGUAUAGGUACUCUUUUGAUGGAAGAAGCAGAACGUAUAGCUAAAGAUGAACAUGGAAGUUGUAGAAUAGCUGUUAUUUCAGGUGUUGGAACAAGAGAUUAUUAUAGACGUCUUGGAUAUUGGUUAGAUGGACCUUAUAUGGUCAAAGAUUUGUAA